CAUGCAUCAUACAGCUUCACUCCCCUUACUCCUAAACCUUGUCCUAUUCAGCUCGAUCAUUUAAUAUAUACGUAGUAUAUACCUACGUAUGUAGAGUUCGUGAAGGGGGCCCGUCACGUGCCCCUCCGUUCUCACGGCAAUUCCUCGGCCUGAAGGCCAACCGCAUGUUGAACUUUUGCGACCGCAAAGCUCAACGACGCAACAUAUCCCACCCACACGAUGGUCCUCCGCAUACGCCUGGCCCGCUUCGGCAAGAAACAUUCCCCCUUCUACAACAUAGUCGUCGCGCACGCCCGGACAGCGCGCAAUUCCCGCCCCCUCGAAGUCCUCGGGACCUACGACCCGAUUCCCAAGCCCCCGCGCCCAGGCGACACGCACGGCCGGCCGUGGAAGGAUGUUAAGCUGGACAUAUCGCGCGCGAGGUACUGGGUUGGCGUGGGUGCGCAGCCGAGUGAUACGGCGUGGAGGUUGUUGAGUAUGGUCGGCAUCCUCGAGCCGCAGUACCGCAUUUCCCAAAUCCAAGGCAAAGUCAUCAAAGCGGACUCCGCCGCAAAAUCCCUAAUACCACCCUCUACAUCCCCAUCCGCCUCCGCGGCUCCCAGCGAAAGCGUGGGCGAACCUGCAGAAGCAAAAGAGGAAGCUUGAGGUAGAGAGCGGGAUUGUAUAGCAGUGUAGUAAGAGAAGAGCCACUGUAGAUGAAGCAUCACAUUGCAUUACCAGGCGUUCAGGACCAGCACCUCGGAAGGAACUGUAGAAUAGUAUCAUAGUCCUUUUGCUUAGGACAUGUAAAUGUUGUAACAAAACCAAAGUAUCAAUCAAAAAGGCGAACCCCAGGGAGGUAUCUACCAAC